AUGCAGCUCCCAGGGGACGGGGUGGGACUACAAGAGGCUGCGCCGACCUAUGACAUCUGCGGGGGCAGGAAGCGAACCUCCCCUCCCCCUAAAAGGAGCUCUGCUCCCAGCAGGCACCCCCGCCUGCCCGUCGCCGCCCAGCCAGCGCCCCCCGGCCUGGGCAAAACGUGGAGGGGCGCCCACACAAAACGGGGAGCGGCCGGAGAAGGGGCUCGAGGCGGCACAGCUCCAGCAGGCCUUGCUUCCCUGCUUGGUGCCGCUCGCCUGCGACCACCCUCUAAUCCCGCGGCCCCGCGACCAGCCCCCCAGAUACCCGCACGCCCCUCGAGCCGGGGCCUGGAAUGUGGUGCAGGCUCGGGAAGAAAGGGAGGGCCGGGACCUGCCGCACGCUGCUGGGGCGGCGCGGGCUCCCGGGAACCGCGGCAGCAGGACCGGGAAUCAAACUCGCGACAGCCCGGCCCUCCCGGCGGCGCCUUGGCGCUCGGUCCCGAGAAGAGAGGAGGCACGCUGAAUGGGGGUCCGGAAGCCAGCCCAGUUGCGGGGGGAGUGCGGGCAGCUCUCAAUGGCAGGCACCAGUUACCUCUUCCCUACACCUCCUCUCACCACCACCCCCCCAUUCCCAUUGCAGCCCACAAACCCCUCUUCUGGGAUGAACAGAGUGGAGAGGGUACCGACUUCUGA